UCAGUCACGUCAGUCUGCGUGAGGAUGAGGGUGAAUAUCUACCUGCUCGUCUUAGUGCUUGGCUAUAAGGCCGCUGCAGGAAUAAUCCAUGAAAUAGUUGAAGAAAAGACACCGGUGACUCUGCCAUGUCCUCACUCUGUGGAGGGAGACGUGACGUGGAGCAGAGAGAGGAAUGGAGACAAAACUGACAUACUGACAGUUAAUGGAGGCAGAGAAAUAAAACACAUAUCGGGCAAUCGGUACAGUUCAUUAGCAGAUAAGACACUGUCACUGUUCAUUGUAAAAGCUGUCGUCUCAGACUCUGGAAGAUACUUCUGUAACAAUGAAGCAGCUGCAAAUCUGACGGUGAUCCCAUCAGGAACAACUAUAGUCCCUGCUCCAGAGAGGACCAGCAUCACUCUGACAUGUCCUCAUGAUGUCGGAGCAUCACAUGUUCCAACAUGGACCAGAGACUCUGGUGGAAUACCACUAAGAAGGUUUGAUGUUUCCCCUGUUGACCAGACGUUGACUAUAACAGACGUGCAGCCUGGUGACUCCGGACUUUACUACUGUGAUGGAAAACCAGCUGUUUAUCUGAACGUGAUCGAAGCAGCACUUUCUCCAACAGAAGCAAAAGUAACAACUGUACCAUCAACUCCACCUCGGAGUGGAGCCCCGACAACAACAACCCCGACAACAACAAUCCCAACAACAACAACCCCAAAAACAACAACAAAUACCCCGACAACAGCAACAACAACCCAGACAACAACAACAACAACAACAACAGGAAAUACACCAAUUAAAACUACCACCAAUGCAGCUGACCCUCAACCACUUAUUCGUUGGGUGUUUGGAGUAGUCGUCUCCUUCCUCCUCCUCCUCCUCCUCCUCCUCCUCUUCCUCAUCAUUGUCUUCAUCAAUCGGAGACGGUUUAAAAGACGAGGAAAUGAAGAAAGAAGCCCCAUCUAUGAAGAGAUACAGGAUGGAUUUGUGCUUCAGCCGACUAAUGGUGGUGGAACAUUGACCGCACAAGCAGCUGCAAACUGCAUGGCAGAUGUUUCAGAUGGAUCAAACCGUCAGGAUCCCACAUACGAUACCAUCCCUGAUCUUCCACCAGUGAAGAAGAAGACCGUGACAUCUCUUCCUAAUGAGUCCCCAUAUUCCUUGAUUGGAGAUCAUAAUAAAGGAUUUUCACAGCUCGCUGACAGCACAUAUUGUUUACUGGAGAAACCCAAAGCGACGGCAAACGACCAGAACCAAUAACUCUGCUCCAUCAUUGCAGCCGGGGAAUGACUGUAACCUUUCUACCUAUUUAUAGUAUAGUUGUGACAUCACAAUGGACGGCUUGUUUAAAGGCACAGUUUCUGAAUAUUGUCUGUGUGCAUUUCUUAGUGGAUUGAACGUUUUUGUUACUUUCACAGUAGUCUAUAUAUCGACAACAAUUAAUUUACGGGAUUGCCCCGCUGCCGCUGGAAAUUCCGCUGGAUGUCCCCUUUUUCAGCCGGAUGUCCUUCCCCAUCCUCUUUAUUUGUGUUGGCGUUGCACGACUAAAACAACUUUUGAACAUACACAUGUUCCACCAAAACAAGUUCCUUCUCGAGGCUAUUUUGCAGCGGCCGCGAGGCUCCGUGCGGAGCUUAGCACUGCCCAAGAUGAUUGUGAUUGGUUUAAAGAAAUGCCAAUAACAUCAAAUAGUUUUUAUUUGUUGUUUUAGAAAACCUGAUGUUUUCAUG